AUGCCCCGGAAGCCCCGUCCCUACCGGCCCAAGACAAGAGGUUCGGUUGAACUCCACCCCCGGGUACACCCCUAUCCCCAGAUUCGAACUAAUCCCAGGCUUUACUUCACCAUAGGCUGCUUUGAGUGCUCAAAACGGAGGAUAAGCUGCGAUCGUACGGAGCCGGAAUGUGAGAAAUGCCAAUCCAGAGGCCUGAAGUGCAGUGGGCUCGGCAUUCGACACCGCUUCAGCGAUGGUAUCGCUGCCCGGGGCUUCUGGGUAGGCAAGACAAUCCAGGAAGUCUUUGAGGGACGAGAUGCCGAACGACAAGUAAAAGCGUCAUCCCUGGAGCGGAUAUCAAAGCCACGGCCGAACAGCGCAAAGCUGUGUGAAGAACUUCGCAGUGAGGAACAUUUCCGACAAGACGACGAUCGAGGACUGGGUCAUGCGGAUAUCCCGGCGGUUCAGCCGUCACCUGCCAAAGUCGCACCGUGGGCACUACCUCUUCUUCUUCACUGUUCGUCUCGUCCCAAUCUCUUCAUGCCUGUCUUCCUCGAGUUGCUCAACUUGUUGACUGUCUACUUAGUCUCCGAUCAUAUCGCCGGGGAAAUGGUGGCAAUAGAUGGCUUGCAUAACGGAUGGAGGCAUCUCGUCCUGCCCAUUGCCCAUCUAAAUCAGCUGGUAUUAAACUCAGUGUUGACAGUCGCCUCUUUCCAUCGAUACGGGCAGCGCUUAUCUCCUUCAAAGGACCUGGAGGUCCGUGAGGAUUCCCUUCCAACACCACCGGGCCGGUCAUGUCAACUAUCUACAAGUGCCAAUCCACCACCAUCUCAGCUGUACGCCCGGACAAUUAUAGAUCUGCAACACCGAGAUCUCGAACAUAGCGACCAAUCCUCCAGACUUUCCAUCUUACUCGCCAUCCUAGUGCUGCUAGUGGCAGUCAUGGUCACAGGUUCAGAUGACUUCCCGCUCCUAUUCCGCUUACUUGAGUCCGCACUCGAAGCCAUCGGGGGAGAAGACAGCCUAGGCGAAGAUGAGCUGUCACGUUUUAUCGUCCGUCAAGUUCACAAAAUGCGGGUAUACGCUGCACCGCUGAUCAAUGAGCAGUGGGGUAUCACAACACUGAGCACUCACCAGAACAUUACGCAGGCGUUUGAAUGCAUCAGGCACUGCUCUCAGCACCAGCCAGAGCACUAUCCGAUUACAUCGCUGGUCAUGAGUCUCAUCCAGCAAUCUUACGAUAUAUAUCUCGACCAAGCACGUCGUGAUGUACUGUCGGUAGCCUCCGUGAACGACAGCUUUCCACAGUUCGCCGAGUCUGUCUGCCGGGUUCAGCGAUUCAAGGAGACGUUUGAAUCUUUCCCUGCCGGCUCGCCCGGUAAACAAGUUCUCAUCUGGGCGACCUUUGUUGCGGCUUCCGACAGUGUUCUGGAAGAGCAUAAAUCCUUCUUCCGGGAGGUAUUCGCAUCUUUCUACAAGCGCAGCCGCUUUAAGAAUCUUCGCAAAGGCAUGGAUCAACUUGAACGAGUCUGGAAAAGAAGGGCACUGGGCGAUAGAUGGAUCUCAUUACUACCUCAAGCUAAAGUAUUCAUCAUGUGA